UACAUGAGACACAUCAUCAUAGGCUGUUCACUGGACGGUACAGUCGAGCUGAAUUAUAGUUCAAGUGGAAGAACACAGAAAAGGCAAUACAGUGUACCUCCCAUGUGGUUUUCACUUUCAUCUUUCUGUGCCUGAUGAACAAAGAUAACUGCUGUAAACGGAAGCUAUCCACCGUACGAAGAAAAGCAACAAGACACUGAAAUGGAAGAAGCGAAAUUGGAUUUGUACUUCCAAUUGCACAGAAAAGAACCAGAACAAAAGAAUAUCAAAAGACUCAUCAAAAGCAAAAUACAAAAAAGUUGCUCCUUCUCUUUUAAAAAAGUUCAGUCUGCUUUAACUGGAUUUUUCCCAGUUGUCAAAUGGCUGCCAAAGUACAGGUUUAAAGAAUACGUGUGGGGAGAUGUCAUGUCAGGCUUAAUUAUUGGAAUAAUCCUGGUUCCACAAGCCAUUGCCUACUGCCUUCUAGCUGGUUUACAGCCCAUCUAUGGCCUUUACACUUCUUUCUUCAGUAAUAUUAUCUACUUCCUCAUGGGAACCUCCAGGCACAUCUCCGUGGGCAUCUUUAGCCUGCUGAGUCUUAUGGUUGGUCAAGUAGUGGAUAGGGAGGUACAGCUAGCCGGCUUUGAUCUGAGUGAGGACAAUCGUUGGGAAGGUAUAAGCCCUGAAGACCUUUUUAACUCCAGUAAAACUAAUGUGUCAUCAGUGAAUUUAACUUUGGGAGUAUUCAACAUGGAAUGUGGGAAAGAAUGCUAUGCAAUUGGUGUGGCAACAGCAUUAACUUUUUUAGCUGGAGUGUACCAGGUGCUGAUGGCAGUUCUGCGACUGGGAUUUGUCUCAAUAUACCUUUCAUCUCCAAUGCUGGAUGGCUUUGCCACAGGUGCCUCACUUACCAUUUUAACUGUACAAGCCAAGUACCUCCUUGGGGUCAAAAUCCCUCGCCACCAAGGAUUUGGCAAUUUUGUGAUUACAUGGAUAAACAUUUUAAAAAACAUUCAUAAGACUAAUUUUUGUGACCUCAUCACCAGUGCCUUAUGCAUUUCAGUUCUGGUAGCUGCCAAAGAACUUGGUGACCGUUAUAAGCACAAAUUAAAGAUACCUCUGCCAACAGAACUGUUUGUGGUAGUAACAGCCACUUUAGUGUCCCAUUUUGCAGACCUCAAUGGUGUCUAUGGAUCCAGCAUAUCAGGAGCAAUUCCCACUGGCUUCAUUAUGCCACAAGUGCCCAGUUUAAAUCUAAUGUCAAGGGUAGCUUUAGAUGCUAUACCUCUUGCAGUAAUUAGCUUUGCAUUUACAGUUUCCCUAUCAGAGAUGUUUGCUAAAAAACACGGAUACACUGUACGGCCUAACCAGGAGAUGCUAGCCAUUGGGUUCUGUAAUAUCAUACCUUCUUUUUUUCAUUGUUUUACCACAAGUGCUGCUCUUGCCAAAACAAUGGUUAAAGACUCAACAGGCUGCCAGACACAAGUUUCUAGUGUAAUCAGUGCCCUGGUAGUUCUCCUUGUCCUUCUGUUCUUUGCACCCCUGUUUUAUUCUCUACAAAAGUGUGUGCUGGCUUGCAUUAUCAUUGUCAGCUUAAGAGGUGCCUUGCGCAAAUUUAGGGACGUGCCCAAGCAGUGGCGUAUCAGCAAGGUGGACACUCUGAUCUGGAUAGUCAGCAUGCUGUCUGCAGCUUUAAUCAGCACAGAAAUGGGACUGCUGGUUGGAGUUGUAUUCUCUAUGUUUUGCAUAGUGGCAAGGACUCAGCUUCCUCAUGUAGCCAUUUUGGGUCAGAUUCAGGGGUCUGUUUUCUAUGAGGAUGCCGGAGAAUAUGAAAAUCUUACAGCUGUACCGAAAGUCAAGAUUUUCCGCUUCCAAGCACCACUCUACUAUGCAAAUAAAGAUUUUUUCUUGAGAUCGUUGUACAAGGCAACAAGGCUUGACCCAUUACUGGAAAUUGCCAAAAGAAAUAAAGCAGAGAAGAAAGCAAAACAGUUGGCUGCCAAGCGGGCAAAGGAAAAUGUACAAGAUAAUGGAAACUGUCAAGUCAACCAAAUCCUGGUUCCUAAGAAUCAUGAAUUUCACACAAUUGUAUUAGACUGUUCUGCCAUUCAAUUUCUGGACACAUCUGGCAUAAGCACUUUAAAGGGAGUUCGUAAUGACUAUAAGGAAGUUGGCAUUAGUUUUCUUCUUGCUUCCUGCAACCCAUGUGUGUUAGAUACACUAAAACGUGCCAGCUACUUUGGACCAAAUGAAAAAGAUAUUAGUACACUAAUGUUUUAUACUAUACACAGUGCUGUUCAGUUUGCAGGAAGAAGAGAAAUUGCAGCAUUUGAUUCAGAAGUGUAGCACUACCAGCACAUUUGAAUCGAUUGCCUAUAAGCAAAUAGUUACAGAAAGAAUUUUCAGUAUUCAAAAGAAAUACUCUCAUAAAUGCAUGAUUUCAGAGCGGGUUGUACAAUAACAUAUGAACAACAUUAGAACAAAUCAGCCUUUCCGUUUCUAUUUUUUUUUAACCUGAUACAAGGUCAGAGGGACCAUAAAGGAGGAACUGGUUCUAGAUAGGAAGCCAAAGUAAAACGGACACACACGUAAUUAAUACAAAUGGACAUUAGAGCAAUUCUGAGACAUCAAUCAACUUGAUAUUACAUAUAUGAAAUAUUGAAGUAAAUCCUUGUGAAAAUGGAGAGAUUAUGUAAACCCCAAACAAAACUCAUCCAUAGCAUUUCCAUGUUCCUCAUUUCAGGUAGAUAACUAUUGUAUAUACAUUAAGUCAGAAAUCAUAAAAUUUUAGCAGAUGUUAAUCCAAAAUCAUGAACACAUCUACACUAUUUUUGUAACACCAUAUUCAGGUUUUUCUUAAAAAUGAAAGGCUGAGAUCGACUUUCUUAGUGCAUCAAUAAGUGCCUUACUUUGUAAAAAUUAAAUAUCUAUUUUAGUGAAGGGACAAUGAGAAUACAAAGUAAAAUAUUUUGAUGUAAAACUAUGUUUGCCAUAUUACAAUUAUGAAUUUAAAAAGACAAUGAGCACUUAAACAGAAAACAAAUCAUUUACCCAAUUAUAGUUUUGUCUAUACUUUCAGAAUUUUGCUACUACUGUAUACAGUAACUUCAGUCAGGUAAACUGACACGCUUAGCAAGAAAUUGAAGUCUGAACAAUAUUCUGCAUCAUGGCCUAAACACGUGUAAAUUUCAGUGAAAGAAAACUACCUCAACAUACAAGUGCUUUCCAAAGUAAUCAAGUAAUAUAUUUGAAGAAUUUCUUUAUUUACAUAAUUUGCUAAACAACACUUAUAUAAGAACACUAACUGCACUGUGUGUAGACUAAAUGUUUCAUUGUACAAUUGAUGAACGGAAAUACGAUGAAGCAUUAUUGUUAACUUUCACUUUGCAAAUGUGCAACACUUUAGGAAUUACUUGAUUUACUGCUAAUGUAGCAAAAGCUGCUAUUAGGUUUGUAGGGCAUUAGCUAUUUAUUGAGAAUAUAGGGAGAGCUAGCUGAUAAAAAAAAAUCACAAGAAUUUUAAUGUUUUAUUAUUAUGCUUAGCUUGACUAAAGAGAAUGACUUUGUGUUGGGCAUUUGCUGGUCAGAUGUCCUACAACGUUAAUUGAAAUUCACUUUUCCUAUAUUCUGUACUGUACCAGUUGAAAGAAUGUACAAAAAGUCAUCUUUGCAUCUAAUAAGGAUAUAAAAAUUAAAGAUAAAAAACAUAUGCAGUGGAGGACUUGCAUUUUUCUUUCAAAACAUAUGG